AUGGCCGAGGAGAGCAGCAGCCGCAAGCGGAGGGCGGUCGCGCUGCUUCGCGAGGUCGAGUCGGUCGACCCCGAGCAGUAUGCGACGCUGAAGCAGCUCAAGGCCAUGGACGACCACGUCUCGGGCACCAUCCACCGCAACCUUCGGCGGCUCGAGGCGCUCGCGCAAGCACCGCCAAAGAUGACCAAGGCCACGCUCGUGGUGACAAUGACGUACUCGCACGACCCGAGCGCGAUCGUCGCCGACACUGCAAGCGACAAGAACGCGGGGCAAUGGACCUUUCGCGUGCAGGCGUCGAUCGAAGGUGGCUUACCGUGCUCCAAGACGUUCUCGCACUUCUUCCGCAAGGCCAUCGUCGAGCUGGACGAGCGCAUGUACCCGCAGCCCAACACGACGACCGAGUGGUCAUCGUUCCGCUCGGGUGACGAGUCGGACGGGUUUGAAGUGACGCGCCCGGGCAAAGCGGGCGUCUCCGAGCACACGCUGCGACUCCAGCUCGUGCGGCAGCUCUCCCCCGAACGCUUCAACCUCUCGCCCGACUUGUUAGCUGCGCUGGCGCCGCAUCUGGCGCACGCAUCGCCCGAGGCCCAGACGCGCCAGGACGUGCUCAAGGCGGCGUGGGACUAUAUCAAGAUGAAGGACCUCUUGCACAUCGACGACUGCCGCGUCAUCGUGAACGACGACGCGCUCGAGCGCGUGUUUGAGUGCAAAGAGAUGCCGUUCCAGUCGCUCGCGGCGCAGCUCCAAAAACAUUUGACGCCGACGCUGCCGUUCACGGCCGAGUACCAGCUGCCGUACCAAAUGUAA